GUAGGCUUACACUUCUACACAGACUAGGCCUUGACAAAUUAAAAUCUUGUUAAAAAUAAUUUGUGUAUAUUCAAAAACAUUCGAACUGUUAGCGCCAUUUGAAGCGAGUGAAUCCGAUCCAAAUUAUGCUUAAGAUUCCAAAUCGGCGCAAGAUGCCUGUGUCAGAGCAACAGCCUCGAAUCAUCAAGAUUGAGCGACCAACGACUGGAAGGAUACUAGCUCCUUUGAAGAUGCCCAGCGUGCAGCAACAGACUUUCCUGACCAAGAACAACCCAAAAAUAUCCGAAGAUCUGGCCAGUCGCUUGGAGGCUCUUCAGAGACGGGUCCAAGAAUGGAAGUCUUCAGGCCAAGUCUGAGAUGAAACGUAAACUUGGGGAUGACGCAAAGUAAUCUUUCAGAAAACCAAUAAAAUAUUGAACCAAUCGAAGUAACUAACAUUAACCAAAUAAACAAGUAGUUAAAGCCAA